UUAAGCGGUCAUUUGAGAGUAAAUGUUCAUGAUGAGGCCUAUGCCAGAAUACUCCUUGGAGUUUUGAACUUCAACUUGGAAUUUUUUGUAGCCAGACUUUGUUUUAAAGGAGGCACCCAGUACAAUCUGAAUAUUUUAAAAGAAAAUGGGAUGCAGCAGAUAAUUGAAUUGGCCACUAAGUUUGACAAGAAAGUGAUGGAGAUUGUUAAUGCCAUUGAAACAGGAGUCAAGUUGUUUAAAGACCUGAUUGAUGGGAAAAUAAACAUCAAAGAAAUUGUUGAUGAAUUCAUAGAUGCUUUGAAGGAGUUACCUGGCAAGGUUUGGGGACUUAGAGACAAAGUAGCCAAUGUGAUGAAAAUGAUAGGUCAGCUAGAUGAGGAAGAGCUACCUCCCUUUUUAAGACCACUCAGAAAUCUGAUUGUGAAAGUAACAACAGUGUUUAAUGAUGUUAAAACAGAUAUCAUGAACUUUUAUAAUACAUUGGUUCAGACCAUCACUGUUAUAAUUCCACAGAAUGCCAAAUUAAUCUAUGAAAGUAUCGUUGAUAUCAUUGAUGGUUUCAAGGUCAUAAUAAAAGAUCCUAAGACAGCUUUAACUAAGAUCGGCAAAGGUGUUGUACAGAUUUUUAUGUCUAUAAAGGCCUUACUAGAUGCAAAGAAUAAAACACAAGAAGCUUGCUUCUUCUUGAAAGAUGAAAAACCAUACUGGUGGGAUAUUACAACAGUUUUUGAAGAAAUUUUGGCUCUUUCAAAACAAGCUGUAAAAGCCUUGGUAAAAGGUGGACCCACCUGGAUAAAAACCACUGUUAUUGAAGGGGAUGAUCCUGUUGCAAAAUUCACUAAAGGCAAAGUCUCACAGAGUCAAAUAAAAGAACAGGUCAUGGAUAAUUUAACUAAUAUUAUCGAUGAACUUUUGGAACCGUUUGAUGGUCUCAGAGGAAUAGCAGAUAAAUUUAUGAAAAAAUAUGGUGCAUUCUUUGGUAUAGUUAAAAAAGUGAAAGAGGCAUAUGCAAUUCUGAAGGAAGGGUAUGUUUUAUAA